AUGCCUCUCUCCUGCGAAGCCGUCAAGUUCCAAGACGGCCCGGCCAUCGCAAACGCCUACAUCAGCGCCUUCUUCGGCGACCCCUUCCAUGACACCACCAUCCAGGACGUGCCCUUUGACAGGCAGGUCGCCGGCGUCGUCCGGCGCUUCCCGCGCAACUUUAUCCAGCCCAAGAGCCAUUACCGCAAGGUCGUCGACACGGACACGGGCGAGGUCGUGAGCUACGCGAAAUGGGGCCUCGUCAACUUUGACGGCGAGAGCAUCCUGCCGCAGGACCGUGACGUGCCGCCAGAGUCCGUCGAGGCGACCAAGGCGCCUUACACGGACCCAGAGGGCAUCAACGACCCCUUUGCCGACUGGUUCACCGACCAGAUGCUCGGCACCGUUCCCAGCGCGCAGCGCAGGGGUGCCGGCGCGCUGCAGGUGCAAUGGGGUGUCGAGUUCGCCGACCGACACGGACUGCCCUGCUGGACCGAGGCGUCGCCGCACUCAGUGCGGAUCCUGCAGCGCUUCGGGUUCAAGACGGUGCAGGAGGUUGUCUGCCCGAUCGAUGAGCGCCGCGGAGGCGGGACGUGA